UAGUCCUGUCCCGCAUUUCAUUUUUUCGAAGCCUCUGCGGGCUGCGUGCAUCCACCCGACCUGUCCGGAAAUCCGUUUUCCAAAAUUUCUCGCGUACCGCAUACAAUUACAAGUUUUUAUGAUUCCAAUUGCAAACGCUUUUAGUUUACGAGGGGAAAGCGAAGCACCGCCCUUCGCUUCUCUUCCUGUUCUCUCCUUUGAAGUCGGCUAGUAGCCCUCUUGGUCUCGCCUUCUUAUGUUCUUGGGCCGCAAGAGAAGGGAGAAGAGGGAUUGCCUACUUUCUUGUGGUGGUUGUGGUGGUUGUGGUGGUGGUUUUACCGCUGAAUGAUACAAGGGACAUGCCUAAAUUCAGGGCCUCAAGAAGUUGCAGAUAUGGGCAUACAAGGAUGUCAGGGCAACUCAUCCAACAGAUGUACUGCAUUUAAUAUGCAUCAUCCAUCCUUUUCUAAUACUUAUCAAAAUUAUUCACCUGUGCAAAACUUGCGAGUCGGUGUUUACAGCCAUGACACUCAAAUACCUGCACCACCUUACUGGCAUCCACUCGACAAUUUGCAUACAAACUAUUUAUAUCCUCUGAGUGAUGAUCAAAGAUCAGUUUUCAGAUUUGUAGGGCUCAUGCCAUCCACAUCCGGACUGAUGUACAUUCCUCCGAUCUUUGAGGCAGUUCCAGGAAUUAGCUAUGAUCCUAGAAAUCCCCCAUUCGAUGACGCUGCUGAGCUCAUGGAGACUGCACAGUUCAAUGGUUUUGAGGAUGAUCUUGACCAGUACAGUGACAUGAGAAGGGAUAUAGAUGACAUGUCAUAUGAGGAACUUAUGGACCUAGAAGAAAAUAUUGGAGAUGUCAAAAGUGGUUUGUCAGAAGAAUUAUAGGACAAGUAUGCAUGUCCAGCAAUCAACAUCCUCAUCAUUGGGUUCACCGUCCCAAUCAGAGAAUGGAAUUUGCAUUGUCUGCCAGGUAUUGUUUCUUAAAGAUUUGUAGUGGGACUGCUUUGAUCAGCUUAAGUUCCUCUUGUUUGGUGAUAUAAAUGCCAAUUUUUCUCUAACCUAUCUUAAAGGAGGCUGAUGGAAGAGGUUUGCUUCUCACCUCUUUGACCGGUAUUAAGCCUUUUUGUAUGCAUGGGGACCAGCAGCCCAGGUCUGACAAUACGGCUAAUUUCUGGUGAGCACCCAGAUGCUGGUCUGCAAGCGGGCCUCUGUGAACUCAACAAUGGCCAAUAUCACCAUAAUGUCCUGUUCUGGUUUUCGACAAGGGUUCUGGUGGUCAAGCAUUCAUUCAAGUCUUCUAUUCCCUCUCUUCCUCUCAUUAACUCUCACCCAGAUUUCUAAUCUAUGGAAGUUCUAAGCAGCAUGAUUUCAGCACCUCAACAUAUCCCUGAUGUUGAUUGUUCUUUUUAUUUAUUAAGGCCAAAUGAUACUCAUUGAUGCCUUCAAUGCUUAAUUUGAAUGAGAAUAUUUUCUGA